AUGCCAGGCCACUUGCUUCGGCCGAAGUUCUUCCUCGAGGCCUCCCUGGAGUCGGUGAACUCUAACUUCCUGGCGGCUUUGGAGCCGUGCUUCGAGGAGUUCUACAGAUUUCCGGCAGCCAAGGCGAAGGUAUCGGGCAUCGAGGAGCCCGCCAGCCGUGCGUUCCAGUUGUGGAAGCAGCCCGCGGGCAAAAUCUGGGCCGAGGCGGGGAAAUGCUCCGUUGGCAUCUCCACGUGCGAGUGGUGCAGCAUUAGGUUCUGCGACAACGCGGAGGAGGACGCCCUCGUGCUACAUUUACUUACGAAAUGGCUUUGCGCCUCUAGGAUGUCCGAGUCGCAGAGCGAGCGGGGGCCCUCCAUCACAGGAGCGGUGCUGGGAAACCGCCCUGGGCUACGCGUUGACAAGCGCGGGCUGUUGGCUCACAUCUAUUGGGCCGCCCAUUGCCAAGCGGGGUCGCACGCCGAGAGCUCGGGGCAGGAAUCCGCGGAGUCCGACGCGGGCGACGACGGAGGGCCAGAUGAUCUCGAGGACGUCGAGCAGGAGCUCGGCGCCGUGAAAGAAAUCAUCGUUGAGUCGCCGUUCCAGAAGCUGGCAAAUUUGGCCCUCAAGGACGUGCAGAUUUGCAUCGAUUGUCUGCGACCGGCGAGCGAGGGCGGGACCUUGCGCGGGCCCCCAUCUGCGCUGCCGCUGCUAGACACUUUGAUGGACUGCACUGUCACGCAGCGCUCUCUCGGCCGCUCGGGCUCGGAGCCGCUGCGCGUAGUCAAGCCCGUGCGCCGGAAGGCGAGCCCAUAG